AUGGCAGAGGUGAUUUACCUCAUCAGAAAUCCCAGAGAUGUUUUUGUGUCUGGUUAUUUUUUCUGGAGGAUUGCAACAUUUGUUAGGAGACCAGAGUCCCUGGAACAAUAUUUUGAAUGGUUCAUCCAAGCAAAUGUGCCAUAUGGAUCAUGGUUUAACCGUGCUUGUGGCUGGAUGUCCAUGAGAGGCAAGGAGAACUUCCUGAUACGGAGUUAUGAAGAGAUGAAAUGGGACACAAGAAGGACGGUAGAGAAGAUCUGCCAGUUCCUGGGUAAGAAACUAGAACCAGAAGAACUGAACUCAGUCUUCAGAAACAGUUCCUUCCAGGUCAUGAAAGAAAACAAUAUGUCCAAUAUUUCCCUCCUGGAGGUUCAGUUUUUAGAGGAGAAUGGAAUUCUUUUGAGAAAAGGCAUUGCUGGAGACUGGAAAAAUUACUUCAUGGUGGCCCAAGCUGAAACCUUUGAUAAAAUAUUCCAGGAGAAGAUAACAGAUCUUCCUCAAUAGCUGUUCCCAUGGGAAUAA